AUGGCGUUUGCGAAGUCCAAGAAAAGGGUUCGUUCUAGAACCCAGCGUUAUACAAGCAAUGUGUUUUCUAUGUUUACAGAGGCUCAGAUAAAUGAAUUUAAGGAGGCUUUUUCCUUGAUCGAUGGCUCAAAGGACGGAAUCAUUGACCAGGGCGAUCUUGAAGAGGUUUUCCGCUCUAUGGGGAAAAACCCAUCAGAGGAAUACCUUGACGAGAUGCUUAAACAAGCCCCCGGUUGCAUUAACUUCACCAUGUUCCUCACUCUUUUCGGCGAGAAAAUGAUGGGAUGUGAUCCAGAGGAGACCAUUCUCAACGCCUUCGCUCAGUUUGAUCCCAACAACACAGGAGUGAUCAGCGAGGAGCGACUGCGCGAUCUGAUGACCACAAUGGGCGACCGUUGGACGGACGAGAAGGUGGACGAACUGUUUCACGGUGCACCCAUCAAGAAUGGGGACUUCAACUACCGCGAGUUCACUAAGAUGAUUAUGCAUGGUCAGCAGGACGAUGAGGAUCAGAAUCACCCAGUGGGUCGAUAA